AUGCUCCGAAUGGCAGCCUUUGUUCCCGCGGCGCAGUGGCCAGACACCUGUGAGGCCGCAGAGUUGGGCAAGCCUCUAGGUUGGCACCUGGACCAAUGGCGCAGAGCGGGGGGCGGGCGGGGCUCAGGGGGCGGUAAACCCUCCCUGAGUCAUUAUCUUUGCACUCCCGUCGAGUCCCUGCACCUCUGCGCCGCAGCCAGCGGGCCUCUCUCUUGCCGCGUAGUCCGGGGCACCCAGCUCACCCUUUUCCUCGGCCUUCGGGGCCCCCGUACCUCUCCUGGCCCGCCCCGCCUGCCGCGCGGAGGCGGCUCCUCCUCAGGUGGCAGGGCCGGGGCCUCCCCCAGCAGACCUGUCACCCGACACCCAGGAAGCGCGCGGCCCCAUCCCGGCUCCUCUUUGUUCCCCCGCCGGACUCCGCGCUCGGGCGCCGCCUCCUCCCGCGUAGCGCUGUGGAGGUUCGGGGCGCCGCCCUUGGCCGGGCCGCGCCUCAGGUUCCGUCCAUCUGGGCCGCUCCGAACCAGAGCCCUUUUUUGUCUUGUUUUUCCCAUGUGGACUCCGCACGGAGCUGGAGCUGGGAGGCGGAGGUGCGCCCAGCCCGGAGCCGGCGCAGUAACAGAACUUCUUGGUCAAGAGCAGAGCUACAUGGGAGCCUUCAUCAAAUCACCAAGGCUCCACACCUAAGGUGGGGAUUGAACUCAG